GAGUAAACAUAAGCUAGAUUACUGAUGAUGGGCAAUUCACUAGUAUACAGAAUUGACUACAAAACAGAGAAUCUGAAUUGGUCGUUGUGCCAUAUGCAUCACAUGGAUGCUUCACCAACCUUUUUAGUUUAGUAACUGACUCUUACCUGUCAUUCUCAAUUCUACCAUCUCUACGGACCGACAGGGUUCGGAGCAGGCUAUGUUUGUCUUAUGUUUUUGAGGAGAAAUUGGCAGAGCCCAGAUAGGGAAAGAAGGGGAGAGACAUGGGGAAGAGCAUUAGUGAUGUGGGAGUGGAAGACUUGGUUGGAGCAGGCCUGUCAGUUGAGGAGGCAAAAGGGUUCCAAAGGCACCUCAAAGAUUCGAUUUUUAAGGUUAGCAGAAAUAGUGAUAACGGGGAGGAGCCGUUUGACACCAAGGAACUAUGGAGGGAGCUGACAGCCCAGAAAUUGUUGAAACCAUGCCAUCCACAUGCUCUUCAUCAGCUCAUUUACUAUUCUGUUUAUCAUAACUAUGAUGAGUCCACCAAUGGGCCUCCUAUCUAUUGGUUCCCUUCACUGUACCAGUCUAAAAAUACAAAUUUGGGACGCCUAAUGGAAACUCAUUGUCCGAAGCUUCUGGGAGCACUAUACAAGGACCCAAUUGCAAGUUUUAGACAAUUUCAUAGAUUCUCCGUUGAGCAGCUUGAGGUUUACUGGUCAAUUGUUCUGGACCAUCUCUCAAUUAACUUUCUUAAAGCUCCAAAUUGCAUUCUUGAUACUUCAGACAAAUCAAAUCAUGGGGGAAAAUGGUUUCCAGGUUCAGUGUUGAAUAUUGCCGAGUGUUGCUUGAUUCCAAGCAGUUGUCCAAAGAAGCAAGAUGACAGUUUAGCUAUAAUAUGGAGAAAUGAAGGAUUUGAUGAGUUAGAUGUUAGUCAGAUGACACUAAGAGAGCUUCGAGAACGAGUAAUGUUAGUGGCAAAUGCGCUGGCUGCAAAAUUCUCAAAGGGAGAUGCAAUUGCAAUUGACAUGCCAAUGACAGCGACUGCUGUUAUUAUAUAUCUAGCAAUUGUGCUUGCAGGUUUGGUUGUUGUCUCAAUUGCUGACAGCUUUGCAGCACAGGAGAUCGCAACCCGGUUGCGUGUGUCUACAGCAAGGGCUGUAUUUACUCAGGAUUUUAUUCUACGAGGAGGUCGAAGAGUUCCUUUAUACAGUCGAGUGGUGGAAGCUGCUCCUUAUGAAGCUAUUGUAAUUCCUGCAUCUGGAAAGGAGUUAGCUGUCCAGUUAAGAUGCCAAGAUUUGUCUUGGAAUGAUUUUCUUUCUAGCGUGUGUAUCCUUCCAAGUUCAAAUUACUUCACACCAGCUUAUCAACCUAUAGACUCUGUCACCAAUAUCCUAUUUUCAUCAGGAACCACAGGAGAACCAAAAGCUAUUCCAUGGACCCAGCAUUCUCCCAUUAGGUGUGCUGCUGAUGCAUGGGCACAUAUUGAUGUUCAAGAGGGAGAUGUUUUCUGCUGGCCUACAAAUUUAGGUUGGGUGAUGGGGCCAAUAUUGCUCUAUUCAUGCUUUCUGUCUGGCGGAACGCUUGCUCUAUAUCAUGGUUCUCCUUUAGGCCGUGGUUUUGGGAAAUUCAUUCAGGAUGCAGGAGCAACUGUAUUGGGUACUGUUCCAAGCUUAGUUAAGACUUGGAAGAGUACAGGGUGUAUGAAUGGCCUAAAUUGGACAAAGAUAAGGACUUUUGCUACCACUGGAGAAGCUUCAAACAUAGAUGAUGACCUUUGGCUUUCUUCAAAGGCUUACUACAGUCCCAUUAUUGAAUGCUGUGGAGGCACAGAGCUUGCGUCAUCAUAUAUCCAAGGAAACCCUUUACAACCACAAGCAUUUGCAGCAUUUAGCUCUGCAUCAAUGUCCACAAGUUUUGUCAUCCUGAAUGAAAAUGGGCUUCCUUAUCCAGAUGAUCAAGCAUGCAUUGGUGAAGUGGGUUUAUUUCCUCACUACAUGGGAGCAACUAAUAGAUUGUUGAAUGCUGAUCAUGAGGAGGUGUAUUUCAAGGGCAUGCCAUUAUACAAAGGAAUGCAACUUAGGCGACAUGGUGACAUCGUCAAACGUACUAUUGGAGGGUUUCUCAUUGUACAAGGCCGGGCUGAUGAUACCAUGAAUUUGGGGGGGAUAAAGGUAAGCUUUGUGAAGAUUGUCCCUGAGUUUCCUCGAACAGCAUCAAAUAAGCUUUUAAGAAGAGUUUUAAGAGAUCAGUUGAAGCAGGAGCUUAACAUACGGAGCAAGAUCUGAACAUGGGAUUGAUGUUUCCAAAACUUUGUGCAAUAAUUACUUUAUUUCCUAUUCCUGACAGGACUCUGCAAUAAGAUCAUUGAGUGGUUAGUUUCUAUGUUUUCCAUCAUAGCAAAGAACUGUUGAUAUUGUGAUCAAGGGGUCAUAUAAAGAAAUUGGUUUUGUUAUAAAGAAGUAAAAUUUACUUGAAAAA